AUGGUCAAGAGAGUCAGCCUAGCACAGGGCGACGAAAGGGGUCACAUGUGGCCUACAGCCAAUGGCGAUGUCGCACCGUCUGUGGGUGAAAGUAACAGCUGCCGUACGGCAUCGCAUUCGUCUUCCGCUGCUCCUUCCGAACCUACGGAAAGCGGAGAUGAUGAGGACAUUCUUGGGCUUAUCAGCUCUUCACUUGAUCGCUUCAAUGCACAACUUCAUCAUAAUCCUCACGUUAAUAUCUCCAUUCCUGUCAAUCAAUAUGGCAACCGUCCAACUACUCCUUCCAACGACAUCACUGUUGGAAUUUCUUCCGACAUUUCGGAUCCAGUGAUGCCUGCUUGGGCGCCUUUCGCAGUCUCUGCUGUUACUAACUACCAGCAGCAGAGCAGUCAGGGUCAAGAAGUCCCUGGGAGCCUCACCUAUUCGGAACUUUCAUUGGCCUCAUCUACCAAUCCGAUGGGCCUCUUUUCUGGCUCUUCAGACGCCUCAUCGGCGGUUCUUCAGCGGACCUCCAUGCCAAGUCCGCCUGGUCUUUCCACACUUUCGCACCAACAGCAGCCUUCUAGUGGGAAUAACUCAGAGCGCAAGCAGCGCAGCCUUUCGCAAACGUUUCCUGACUCUGACGAGACUUCAUCUCUGUAA